GCAGUGCUGCCGAUCUGAUUCUGGAUAAAACACUGGCAGCAGGCACAAGCUUUCUGCAGCACUUAGCAGUUGGGUUUGUAUAGCCUGGCCUGUGGCUCAAGUCAUUUCCGGUUGAAGACGGGUUAUAUAAAGCAGGCGAAGUUGCACUGGUAUACGAGGGACCUUCAACAAAGGAAAAGCAAUUAGCAGAGCAGCAGUGCUCUCUGUAAACUAAAUAUUCCUGGCAGCCUGCACAGCAAUACUAAACUGUCAUAGCUUUUGUUCAGGGACUCUUACUGAAUAUAAGAUUCAGCCAGCAAUAAACAAGGGAUUUUGCCUUCAUUGUGUCUGCCAGUGAACCUUUAACUCAGAAUGGUAUUAAACGGAUUACUUGUGCUGAGUCUUUUUAUAAUUCAAGCUUUUUCUCUUCCCAUAAAUAACCAAAGGAAUCAAGAUGAUGUCAAGGUGAUGAAAUGUAUUGUAGAGGUCAUAUCAGAUACACUGUCAAAACCAAGCCCUUUACCAGUCAGUCAGGAGUGCUUGGACUUUCUUAGACGAGAUGAAAGAAUUAUUUCAAUCCUUCACCACCAACAUCUGCUGAAAGAGCUUCAGGAAAUUGCUGAGCAAGGUGCUAAAGAAAGAUUGCCAGAACCAAAGGAAGCUGCUGAUUUACAAGAGAAGAUUGCCAAGGUACUACAGAUCCCAGACUACACACCCAAUAAAAGAGAUAAAUUGAAAGACACUUCUUCAGAGGAGCACACCACUUCAUCCAGUGAGUCAGAGGGGAACAAUGAGGGUUUACACGUGAAAUUCAAUUCUAAAGAGGAAGAGGAAGAAACUGAAAAUGAGAAAGAAUCUCAUGAAAAAAGCACAGAAGACGGCAAGGACAGUGAGGAGAGUAAUCAGGUUAAAAGAAAUCGGGAGAACUCAAGUGAGGAACGUGCCCUCAACAAUCUUAAAGAAAAUUCCAAUGAAGAUGAGACUUCUGAGGAGGAGCAGCAUAUCAGCAAGGAAAGUCAGGAAGACUCCGGUGUCAGAGAAAAGCCUCAAAGGGGCAAGCAAUAUAGUGUAAAAGCUAGUGAUGAAGAAGGAGGAAAAAGUAAUGAAGCAAAUUCUGAACAGGGGCAAGAAGACAAAAGGGAAGUCAUUGGGGACAACAGAGUUUCAGAUGAAAGACAGGAAGAUGAAAGUGAAGAGAAACCAGUAAAGAAUGAGGAAGAGGGAAUCCGAAGCGAUGAAGCGCUGUUAUCUGAAAAGGAUGCCACAUCUAAUGAAGAAGGGAAAUCCAGUGAAGAAAAAAGGGAAAGUCGUCACUCUGCAGAAAGAGAUAUGCAAGCCUUACGUGAAAAAGAAGCAAAAGACCAGCAAUCUGAAGAAAAGCAUUCCGAAGAAUGGGAAGAGGUGAAGAAAUGGAGUAAAAUGGAUGAGCUGGCGCAAGAGCUUACAUCAAAGAAACGCUCGGAGGAACAUGAGAGCGAGGAAGAGCCUGACCAGUCCAUGAGACUUGCGCUUAAGACCCAUAAAUAUGACAACAGCCCUCACAGUGAGUCAAAGAAGGCUUGGACAAAUACCCCCCAUCAUUCAAAGGAGGAAAGCAGUGAUGAGGAGCUUAAAACGGAACCUCGACCUGAAAUAGAAGAGAAACGAGACGAAGAAGGAAGUGCAAACAAAAAAACAGAGGACCAUGAGAUGGAGAGUCUUGCUGCCAUAGAAGAAGAGCUACAGAAGGUGGCUGAAAAGCUACACGAGCUAAGAAGAGGAUGAAAUUUACAACCUAAAUACAGCAAUUGUAAACAGAAUAAGAAUACAUUUACUGUAACCACUGCACACUUUUACAGUGCACUAAUACUCACAGAAUGCAGAGAUACAAGCUUUUAAAUUAAAAACAAUAGCCCAUUCUUUCUGAAAAAAAUAGUUUGCCAUUUUAUGUAAAACUUGUGCUGUUUGCUUAUUCAAUCAUUUCUGUGCAACAUUAAGAUAUUUUCACAUUUUCUAUCUAGAAAAAUGCAGUCUGGGCUCUGUUUCAUCUCUGUUGAAGCAAAAAAGGCUUUUUAGAGUACUACACUUAACAAUAUCAGACUUUCCUGAUAAAAUAAUCAUUGCAAUAAUUCGUUAACUGUUCUUUAGAGUGAAUACCUAUCUGUAUGAACAUUUUAAAUAAAAAAUAAAAAAUAAACUGGGUGCACCAUCACAUGAUGCUAGAGUAAGAAACUGUUAUUUUAAUUUAUAAUAUUGAUAAAUAAAGUAAUUUCUAGCAUGUUGACCAGAA